AUGUUCUAUUCAAGACAGAAAAAGAUGCAUGGCUAUUCAAAAAUGCCUUGGAUUCGGAUCCGCAUACGCUUGGCUCUCGAUUGUCCGGCCAAAUUGUUACAUUCUCCGCAGACUACACUGGUAUCCGUUUCGUCGUCUACAAUCCGUUCGGUUCUGGACUUCGCAAGUGAAGAGUAUCGUUGUAUGGGAAUUGAAGAGGACUGGCUGUUUUACCCAUACGGCAAGCCAGAAAGCUGCCACAUGAUUUCGAGAAAGCAAUGCAAUCGCAACAAGAGUCAAUAUGGCAAGUUCGAUCAUGAUCCGAACAAUAGGCUCGCACUUUCUCGCGAAAUGCAUGGCUUUUACGACGGUCUCAGUCUUGAUAUUCCCAUCGUCAACAUGUUCCCAGUAUCUGUUGAGGAGAAACUAUCAAAUGGCAGCAGAUACAAGGUCGAGGUGUUGGUGAAGGUAUACGACUUGUAUUGCACCAAGCGCGUCUUCUAUCGUUUAAAAAGUGGAUCAUCGAGGACCGAUGAUCCACUUGUGAUGAAGACGUUUGUUUACGUCGAGAAUCCUGACACGUUUUGUUUUUGCAUGAAGUGGAAGCAUGAUGAAAUCGAGAAGGUGUGGAAGAGUUUUUCUGGCCGCAUUCGAUUGAGUAGAAUCAUGGUGAAUUGA